UCAAAAGAAGCAAUAUUGUUUUUAUAGGCAGCGGUGACCAUUUACACUGAAUAUUGUCGGCUGAAAACGAGUGCUGGGAUUUUUGUUUCUCUUUGUAAUUAAAAGAGAAAACUGUAUCUUCUCUAGCUAUGGGUGAAGAAGAUGUGGAAUACUUUUCCGUGGCAGUGUCACUUUCUUUUCUUUCAGUAUUAAUCGUUUUUGGUCACACUUUCAUGCUGACUGUGUUGUGGAAAGAUCCUUUCAAGAGAUUCCGUACAGCGGCCACCAUAUUCGUUUUUGGAAUGGUGUUCGCUAACCUCUUUAGUGGUUUGAGUGCUGGUCCGCUUUUGAUCAUUGAGAUCAGCUCCAGAUAUGGAGCUUUAGAUCUCUCAGGUAAAGAAAUAUUGUCUAACGCUGGCUUGUUUUUAUUUUAUUGGACCACAAGCGUGUCUUAUCUGUCGAUGCUGGGUUUGUCGUUGUGUCAAUACGUUGGCGUAAAGAUGCCUCAUAAACAGCAAGGCCUCGUCACGAUAAAGACAACAGGAAUUUCCCUUGCAAUUAUUACGUGCGCUUCCUUGAUUAUUCCUUCUCUGCUGGUAAUGGGAGUCUCUGCCUCAGUGGUAGAUAAACUACAGCUUCACAUUGCUUUUCAACUUAGCAAUUUUCUUCUCUGUACAGUUUAUGCCGCACUCGGGAGAGAUUAUCUGCGCCAGGUGAAACGUGCCAUGGAUUGCAUUAGCUCCAACGCAAGCUGUGUCCGCGUGCGAGACAGAAACUUUACGAGAGCCAAUCUAUUAUUGCUCACCACGGUUACGGCUCUUGGUGUGCCGAUAAUGAUUGCAUGGCACAUCUCAAUGUACGGGCAGAGACUACUUACCACGGAUAAGUGUCUACGAACAGCAUGGUCGAUUACAAUCAUUAUAUUUUUCCUCAAAAUAACUCUCGACCCUCUUAUCUAUUGCUUAAGGCUGCCGAUCUACCGAAGAGCCCUGAAACGCAUUUUUGAAUUCAGACAGCAUCGAGUAAGCGACGGCUAAUGUUCUCAUGGCCAUUUAGGCAAGAAGCAAUGAAGUUGUACAAUUCAACACAGCUUUAACUUUCUCUGUCAUUUUUACUUUUUUCUCAUGUUCCUCGAAGUUGGCCCCGUUGUGGCAUUAAUUUUCAUUUAAUAUCAACA